AUGUCUUUCAAUAAAAAUUUACAAAAUUUUGCACCUACCUCUGAUACACUUCCUCGUCUAGAUGAAAAUUUUGUAAUUAAAUUGAGUACUGAUUCCAAUAAUGAACCCAAUGCUGAAAAACAAUUUUUUAAACAUGCUGUUGAAUACUAUGGUGCUCAUGAUGAAAAAAAGUAA